AUGCCACAGAACUUUAUGCCGAUCAAAUCCCAUAACGCAUGCCCAAUUAGCCAUCACUCCCUCUCUGCCUUGCCUGUGCCCAAGAGCUCUCUCCAAAAGCGCUCGAGUCGAGUUUUCGUACACCCUGUUGCUCGCGGUAUAUCUGCGACCGGUGCCUAUCAAGAAACGCCCGUUUACGGAGAUCGGCCGGGUGGAGAUCGGCCGGUUGUACAGCACGGAAGAGAUAACGAGGCCGAGACGUUUAUCUUGGGAGAUUCCGACGAGGAGGAUGACUCGGGUUUGGCACCGAAGCAUGUCAAACCUGACGCCGUAGAUGAUAGGCCUCCGACUCCACCAAAGGUGCUCGAGACUACAGAAGUACCAAGUGUAGCAAACUCUGCUUUACCUCAAUCGUAUACGUAUUACAUCAAACCUCGCGACACUGUGACUGGAAUCGCAUUGAAACACGGGGUAGAUUACUCUUACGACUACACCACACCUUUUACAUAUCACUCGUACCACACUCCAGCUUCCUCCAGGCUCGCGUGCACCAUCCCCCCUCCACCCGACCUCGAACAACGAUCCGAGGCUCGCGCAAAAGAACGCGCGGGAAAGGCCUUUCAGGCGAUAACCAAAGAAACCGACUGGGGUAUCGCUCAAACGUAUGUAUCGCUACUUGAAGUGGAAGAUGUCGAUGUAAAAGAAGGAAAGCGACGCAUGAUUGAUACUCGUUCCAAAGAAGGGAAGCAAGCCAUGGCCGUUGACCGGUAUUUGGAUGAUAAUGCUUGGGAAGAGGAACAAGAAAGGCUGGGUUGGUCCCGCGCAUCGAACCGUUUCCGUACUUCGAUCUGA